AUGAACACGGACCAUCUACCGCCACGCAGACGUUUUCGACAUCAGCAACGCCACGUCACGAAUGUGAAGGCUGCAUAUCCGGCGGAGGACGACUUCACCGGCGCCAUUGCAAGCAGCAAGGGUAAACCGAAUUCAAACAUCACCCCAGCGCAAUAUUGCACCUUUUUGGACUACAACGUCAACAGUCAACUCAAUCGUUUCGGUCUGCACAACGGCGGCGCGCAGGACGGUGGUCUGCUGAAUGAAAAAUGGGAAAGCUUGGCCCUUGUGCCUGUCACACCUGGCAUAGACGACGGCGAACAUCACAUGUUUUCGCUAUCAGACAACGACUUCCACAACGUCCAGCCCAUGACCCAGGAAGUAAAGGGCGAUGGCCGGUUAUCCCUCGAGUCUUCGCCGAGCCGGCAGCAACAUCAACGACUACCUACGAAGCUCAGAGUCCUCUCCAUCGUGAUUAUCACCGCCAUUGGAUUCGGAGGUCACUGGAGUACUGGCGUUACCGGCGCUAUGAAGAGCACACUCAAAAAGGAGCUCCAUAUUAAUAACGCCCAGUUUUCUGUUCUUGAAGCCAGCGAGGAUUUCGUGAUAACAGUGCUCAUCGUCGUCACCGGCAUGGUCACAGACCACUUUGGCGGGGCUGGAUCGUUGUUAUGGCUCAACGCCCUUUACAGCGUCGGCUCUAUCUUGAUCGCUGCCGCUGCCACUGUGCGCUCCUACAGGUUCAUGAUUGUUGGUCGCGUUGUGGCCCAACUCGGCGACCUGGCAACCCAGAUCGCGCAAUACAAACUCUUCUCUUCGUGGUUUCCUCCAGGUUACGGCUUUGGAGCGACCGUCGGCUUCGAGCUCGGCAUCGGCAAAAUUGGUGCCUUUGUCGGCAAGGCCACUGCCAACGACAUUGCGAAAAGGACUGGGAACAUGGCCUGGGUGUUUUGGAUUGCAGUGUUUGUGAACCUGUUGACAAAUGCAGGUACCUUGGUUCUGUUCUUCUUCACCAAAUACUGCGACAGAAAAUAUCCCCGGCCAGCAGAUCCGCUCACAAAACGAGAUCGCCCCGAGAAGAGAUCACGCUUUAACAUGGGCUGCCUGCUCAAGCUCUCCUGGCAAUACUGGGGCGUCAUCCUCUUCUCCAUCUUCGAAACCAGCACCGUCAUGGUAUUCUCUCAAAACUCCACCGAGCUGGCAUCGAUGCAAUUCCACGUCUCCUCUACGACCGCCGGCUGGUAUUCCUCUGCCUCGCAGUACGGAGUCUUCAUGGACCUUCUUGGCAACCGGCUUUCUAUCUUUUUCGUCUGCGGCUCAUUACUACUGAUCUCAAUGUGUCUCGCGAAGUGGGCGGGGUCAGAGUCAGGCCUCGCUGCGUCGUUUGCGCUUUUUGGCCUUGCACAACCACUUGGCGUUACCACCAUCAUCGAUUCCGUCCGGACGGCGGUAGGAGACGAUGUUUUCGGAAAAGCCUAUGGAUUGAAGUUCGUGGCUGAUAACGCUGCGGACAUCAUUCUGAGAAUCGUCACGGGCGUCAUUCAAGACGCGGACAACAAUUCCUACGACCGUGUCAUCAUUGUCUAUGUUGUCCUCUCUGCCGCGGCCACUGUCGUUUCAAUUGGCUUGUUGGCUCUUUCGCCAAUGUCGGAAGGGCUAAGACAGCUGCAGUGGACCAGGCAGCAAAGGAAGAGGCAGAUCAAUGCUAUUGUAUCGCGGACCAACAACCGAAUGCUGAGCCUCACUUGCUUCGUAGCCCUGAUUCUUUUCAUGCUUGGCUCCUGGGGUGCAUACUUCUGGGGUAUUGCAAAAGGAAGCGAAGAGUAA